AGGGGCGCCCAAGCGCGGGUUUCUGGGGUUGACUGCCCUCCAUUGCAAUUGGUCCUUCUCCCGGCCUCUGCUUCCUCCAGCUCACAGGGUAUCUGCUCCUCCUGGAGCCACACCUUGGUUCCCCGAGGUGCCGCUGGGACUCGGGUAGGGAUGAGAGCCCAGGGAGCACAGGGGGAGCCGAGGGCCACAGGAAGGGCUGGUGGCUGAAGGAGACUCAGGGGCCAGGGGACAGUGGCUUCUACGUGCUUGGGACGUUCCCAGCCACCGUCCCAUGUUCCCGGCGGGGGGCCAGCUGUCCCCACCGCCAGCCCAACUCAGCACUUGGUCAGGGUAUCAGCUUGGUCGGGGGGGCGUGAGCCCAGCCCCUGGGGCGGCUCAGCCCAUACAAGGCCAUGGGGCUGGGCGCAAAGCAUGCCUGGGUUCAUGGUGGGCAUGGUGCCCGAGCAGGGAGGUGAGAGGCUCAGCUGCCCUCCAGAACUCCUCCCUGGGGACAGCCCCUCCCAGCCAAUAGCACAGCCUAGGCCCCCCUAUAUAAGGCCACGGCUGCGGGCCCUUCCUUUGGGUCAGUGUCACCUCCAGGAUACAGACAGCCCCCCUUCAGCCCAGCCCAGCCAGGUCUCCUACACCGCCACCAUGCCAUUCGGUAACACCCACAACAAGUUCAAGCUGAAUUACAAACCUGAGGAGGAGUACCCCGACCUCAGCAAACAUAACAACCACAUGGCCAAGGUACUGACCCUUGAACUCUACAAGAAACUGCGGGACAAGGAGACUCCAUCUGGCUUCACUGUAGACGAUGUCAUCCAGACAGGAGUGGACAACCCAGGUCACCCCUUCAUCAUGACCGUGGGCUGCGUGGCUGGUGAUGAGGAGUCCUAUGAAGUUUUCAAGGAACUCUUUGACCCCAUCAUCUCGGAUCGCCACGGGGGCUACAAACCCACUGACAAGCACAAGACUGACCUCAACCAUGAAAACCUCAAGGGUGGAGACGACCUGGACCCCAACUACGUGCUCAGCAGCCGCGUCCGCACUGGCCGCAGCAUCAAGGGCUACACGUUGCCCCCACACUGCUCCCGUGGCGAGCGCCGGGCGGUGGAGAAGCUCUCUGUGGAAGCUCUCAACAGCCUGACGGGCGAGUUCAAAGGGAAGUACUACCCUCUGAAGAGCAUGACGGAGAAGGAGCAGCAGCAGCUCAUUGAUGACCACUUCCUGUUCGACAAGCCCGUGUCCCCGCUGCUGCUGGCCUCAGGCAUGGCCCGCGACUGGCCCGACGCCCGUGGCAUCUGGCACAAUGACAACAAGAGCUUCCUGGUGUGGGUGAACGAGGAGGAUCACCUCCGGGUCAUCUCCAUGGAGAAGGGGGGCAACAUGAAGGAGGUUUUCCGCCGCUUCUGCGUAGGGCUGCAGAAGAUUGAGGAGAUCUUUAAGAAAGCUGGCCACCCCUUCAUGUGGAACCAGCACCUGGGCUACGUGCUCACCUGCCCAUCCAACCUGGGCACUGGGCUGCGUGGAGGCGUGCAUGUGAAGCUGGCGCACCUGAGCAAGCACCCCAAGUUCGAGGAGAUCCUCACCCGCCUGCGUCUGCAGAAGAGGGGUACAGGUGGCGUGGACACAGCUGCCGUGGGCUCAGUAUUUGACGUGUCCAACGCUGAUCGGCUGGGCUCGUCCGAAGUAGAACAGGUGCAGCUGGUGGUGGAUGGUGUGAAGCUCAUGGUGGAAAUGGAGAAGAAGUUGGAGAAAGGCCAGUCCAUCGACGACAUGAUCCCCGCCCAGAAGUAGGCGCAUGCCCACCCGCCACCGACUGCCAGAACCCAGCCAGUGGGAGGGCCUGGCCCACCAGAGUCCUGCUCCCUCACUCCUUGCCCCACCCCCUGUCCCAGAGUCCCACCUGGGGGCUCUCUCCACCCUUCUCAGAGUUCCAGUUUCAACCAGAGUUCCAACCAAUGGGCUCCAUCCUCUGGAUUCUGGCCAAUGAAAUAUCUCCCUGGCAGGGUCCUCUUCUUUUCCUAGAGCUCCACCCCAACCAGGAGCUCUAGUUAAUGGAGAGCUCCCAGCACACUCGGAGCUUGUGCUUUGUCUCCACGCAAAGCGAUAAAUAAAAGCAAUGGUGGCCUUA